CGAGACUGUGGCAUAUUGCCGCGAAAACUAAUGCGCAAAAACGGAAGUGUGCUUCAAACUAAUGGCAAAACAAACAAUAAAGAUAUUUCCAUAAACUAUGAAAACAAGGUCAGCAUCAAUCAACAGCUCCUUGAAUGCAAUUGACACAGAAAACCUGUGUUCUAGCGAUGAGCAAACAGUAAGCACUACAAAUGAAAUGCAGGGCCAAGACCCUAAAGAGGUAGCUACACUGAACAAACUAAUGGAAGCAGCUCCUAAAAAAGAACUUGAUACAGAUGAUGUUGUUAAGUCUAUUAGAACUGGUGAGGAAUCGGAGCAAGAAGUUGGGAAGGCUAGUGGAACAAUUCAGUUGCAGUUCAAUAGGGAUUUUGAAGAGAUAGAGAAUGAUUUGAAGGAAAAGUUUAACAGUUUAGACCAGCAUUCUGGCUCUUCAGUUUCUUGUGAUGAUGGUGAAAAUGAUGAUAAUGAGAAAGAUGCACAAAAUGAUGAGGAUUUUGAUAAACAGGGUUCAGUUUCAAAUGGUCUGAAUUCCUCAAUAACUAUUAUUAUUGAAACAGAGACAGAAAAUGAUGAUGAUGACAUUGGUGAAAUGAGCUUUUCCAAGGAGAAAGGGUCAGAUUAUGAUAUGUAUAAUUAUAUACUCAAACAUGACAGGAGUAAAGGCAGUAUGCAAGAAUUAAAUGAAAAUGAAGAAUCUGUGUCUAAUGAAAUUGAUUCCUACUCAGAACUUGAGCAGAGUUUAGUGGAUGAGAUUGAAACAGACAGUGAUGCAUUUGUUGACAAAAUUGUUGAAGCUUGUGGUGCAAAAGAUUUGAAAACUGAUAAAUGUUUUCAGGAUCUUCCUCAAAAUUUGCCCAGACAGGUUGACAGCAAUUUGAUGUACCACAAUAUGAAUCCUUGUAGUGGUAAUGAACAUGCCAAUGAUGUAGAUGAUGAAUUAGAGACAAGUAGAGACACAGACUCUAUGAACACGAAUAAUCCAGAUGUGUCUUGUAAAGAAAUCGAAGGAAUUCUAAAGUUAGCAAGUGUUGAUACUGAAAAAGAUUUGAAUAACAAUAAAAUUGAGACAUGCCCAGAUUCUCAAUACUCUGACUUCAGUGACAUUCAGGAUUCCAUACCCCAAAAUGUUAAAAAUAGCUACAGUGUAAAAAGCAUCCCACACGAUGGACUUGUUACUUCAGAGACAGACUCUGAAAGAGUGUCACCCGAAGUGUUUCACAUGACACAGUUCAGCCCAACAGAGGUCUAUGGAAAAGACCACGAAAUUGGUUACCACGGCUUCAACCAGUGGAAUUCAAAGUAUCCCACCAAUGGUUCACAAUCAAAUUCAACACUUAACACCCCAGAUCCUGUCAUUUUUGAAGACUGUGAGGUUGUGGGUGCAAGUUGGAAUCCAGACAGUGGAGUCUGGCCAGAUAUGACUGAGAAUCCAGUGCCAGCCAUGAAUGCUUCAUAUGCUGAUCAGAAUAGUAACCUAGGUGAAAAACAGGGGAUAAAGAGGAGCUAUAGUGAAGCGAUGGAAAAUAUGCAAAGAGGUCUAGUAAACUCUUGUUCACAGUUUUCAAUACCACCAGCGUCAGUAUUUAACAACUUGAUAAAUCAAGGUAGACCCCCAGACAUCUCCACUUGGACUGCUGUGAGCUCAAUGGGCUCUAGACAGGGCUACAGUAUAGAUCUGGUGAAUAAACCAACAUGUAAAGUGCCACCUUACUACCAAAACCAAGUCCAAAAUCCAAUAUUAAAUGACAAUUCUGUUGGAAGGAAUCCCAUGGCUUAUAACAGAAGUCAAACAGAGAUGCUGGACACUGCUAGUGCUAUAAAUCCCUUCGAUGACAAUUACAUAAACAACAAUGUUCCACAGCUAGGUGUAAACACCCAGCUUCAAGGACACACUCCACAAUUUAUUCCACAACAAAAUGUCCUCUGGCAAAGUGGCACAGCAGUUCUUGGUUCGCAGAGGUUUCCAUGUCAGUAUUUCUACAGCCAGCCCAGGAAUCUGCCCCAUUACUUUGCCCCUCAGAAUCCACCACAUGUCUACCGUCCUUCCACAGCGUAUUGUCUUGACUUUGCAAGUCCGGUAAGCAUUGUCCAGCAACCUCUGACCUUUAUUUCUAACCCACCUUAUCUGAAUGCGAACAUUACCAGACCCACUCCUGUACUUGCAAGUCAGAUUUCACAAGUAAACUGUCAUCUUUUGAAUCCUUCCUCCUUUGGCCAGUACAGCUUUCAGCCUAACCCAGUAAGGCAAUGUCCAGAAAGAAUUGCCAAUGGAGUGAAUGGCCACUUACUAAACCAAGCUGGGAUUCAGCCCUUGCUUGGGAAUGGAGCCGUAGAUAUUGGAGGUCAGCCGAGGUAUCCUACCAAUGCUUAUGUAACUUCCUCCUUUAGAAAGCAUUCUCCACUAUACACGGCUACAAGAUUAGAACAGGGGCCUUUAAUGUUGGCUACAAGUAUGGGCCAAAAAUGUCAAGGCUUAAAUAAUGGAAAUCUGAUGACUUGUUCGAAUACAGCAAGUUCAGAUUUGAUUGGGAUUAAUAAAAGUGUUUCCAAAAUUGCGGUUGCUAGUGCAUCUAGUGCCUAUACGGCAGCCUUCUCAGUUGCAAGCCAUGAACACCAGUUAAAAAUGUCAUUUGCAGGUAGUGAAAAACUAACAAAAAACAAUUUGUUACAGAUAAUGAAUACUAUGGAUACAAUAAGCAGAGACAGUUCUGCGUUCUCAGAUACGUCUACAAGUACUUUUUCUAACCAAGGAACUUCUUCGAAUGAAAGGACUGUGAUCUCCCAAAAUGAAACCUGUGAUGUGUCCUUUGAAGAAUCUGAUGCUGCCACUGCCAGUGUCCCCUGUAGUGAGAUUGAUAGUGAAUAUGGUGAUGUGGGAGAUUCAAUUGUGACUUCAGAUGUGAAUUCCAAUAUAAUUUCAAGUUCUUUAAGUAAUACUACUGACACCAAUAAAGACUUUGUAGUAUCUCAGAAAGAAAUAUUGCAAGAAGAAAUUCAAAGCACAAGUGUGAAGUCUUCCAAUGCAUCACUGUCAUCUCAUUUCAUAAUGCAAAAAAAGUUGUUUUCUGAAAUAUAUUGCAAAAGUGGCACAUUUGAAUCGCAGGCAGUCAACUCUGCUUUGGACUUGACAAAAAAAAUCCAAGUCUCUGAAAAUUCAUGUUCUGCCAGUGUGGAAGGCAGUUUAACGUCCUUUCAAACUAUCCGACCAAUUGGUGAACCAGGCCUUCCAAUGUCAUCUACACUCAAUAAUCCAUCAGUUCCUACCCUUGCCUAUGCUGGUGGGGUGCUGGUCCCUUAUAUGAACUCCAUAUUUGCAGCGAUGGACAACUUCAAGAAGAGGAUGGAAACGUCAAAUCCACUACAGCAGGUAUCAUCCAUGUGUGCUCCAGUAAUUUCACAAUCACAGGUGCAACAAGUGUCAAUGAGGCAUGAUACAAUGUCACAGAGUAUGCCAAACACAACAGACUGUUUACUGAGUAUAGCACAAGCACUUCAAAACCAGUCUAGCUCUAGACCUCCCUCCAAGCCUUUCGUUCAGUCCACACCAUUGAUAAACCAGUCUUUACUUACAAACCAGAGCCUAGGUCUUCAGCAAGGGGUUACAAACCCAUUACUCUACAGGUUUAAUUACGGAAUCCCAGUUGUUCAGACUGGUCCUUUGUUCCUAAAUCCAAUAUCCAGGCCUGUGCAAUCCUUAAAUCAAACAAAGGUAGUAACAGAAACAUGUUCUUCCCUGCAGUGUUCUUCCACAAAUUCUGUGGUAUUGGACGAAAAUAACAACCAAGGCUGUCCUGUUGAUACGAGUCCAAUUAACAAAACUGCAACCUUUUGUGAAGCGGGAUUGACAUCCUCCAAAACUGACUCGAAGCUUUACCCUUCUAAAUCUGUUCGAAAACGGCGUGCAAAUGUUCGGUGUACUGCAGCCUGCUGUUGUGACAAGGAUCUGACUGAGAUGGAGCAGAAAAUGAUUAAGAAACUGGAACAGAAAGAGUCGAGCAAAGCAAAGAGGUUACGUCCGAUAUCCAAACAGGCCGCUGUUGGUUCUUGUACUUCGUCUAGCUAUGCCCAAAGUGGGGCCUCUGCAUUGCAGCCAAUGAUUGUGGGAGUUUGUCAGAAUAGGACUGUCCCGCCGAAGGUGUUCAUGGAGGGAAAGGUACCCAUUUCAAGUGUACAUCCCAGGCACCACAUGUCCAUAAAGGGUCCUGAAGUAACCAGAUUGAGGCCAAUAACAAACAAUGGCAUCACCAGCUAUGCACCAAUCCCCAUGGUGAACCAACAGAAGCUUUCUAAGAAGGAGUCUUUUAAGGCACGCCAUUUCAACUUUGCAAAACUUGUCAUUGGUCAAUACCAGUAUUCAAGUGCUGGUCAUUGGACUAAUGAGAAAAUGGCCAGAGUGAAAAUCAUGUUUCGGCGAAGGCAGUUGACCUAUGAGUUCCAGCUGUGUGGAUUGGAAGGGGACAGGCGGCCCAUGGCUGAGGUGAUCGUUCCCUUCCACAUCAUAGCUGGCCUCUGGAUGUUUGACAAAGACAUGCGUGUAGAGGUGAACCAGGCACCUAAGAUGUACGUGGGAACAAAAGGGCUGACUGGGUCCACCCACCAUGCCGUGUAUAGCCGAGGCUCAGCUGUGGACCUAACUCACGAUCAGAUUGCCAGCUCACCUUACCACUAUAUCCAGUUCCGUGCAGUAUGUGGCAACAAGAUCCGGUCUCUGCUGUCAGAGUUUGACCCAGUAUUGGGCGAGCUCUUCAAACGACCUUACAUUGAGGAUUCUACAAAGACACUAAGGCCAGCAACCAGGCAACUGUACAAUGUAUUGCUGGAUCCCAGCAUAAGGCUGCAUACUGAUCAAAACAAUAACUCAGCACCCACAUGUGACCGUGUGACCUCAGUGGAAGACCCCUCACAGGUCAUCGUCAACUGCUCAUGCACUGCCGGUUGCUCUGACAGCCUGUGUAACUGCUGCAUCAGUGGUGUCACCUGCACUGAGGGGAUCUGUGGGUGCGUGGGCUGCUGUAACCCUCUUAAUGUGCUGCACCAGCUGGGACUACCUACAGCGCAGGCUAGGACAGACCCCUGUCUGAUGGAGAACAUAUACCAGAUAAGCCGACUGGACUGUUAUGUGAAGACCAGGCUUACCCUGGAGUGCUGUGGGCUGGGGAUCCUGCUGUUCAACUGCAUCCCAGGGGAGUUUCAGUGUCCCAACCCCACCUGCAGGGCCAGAUAUAAGUACUCCUGGUGCUCAGCCCAGUUGUGCAACGAAGAUGUGAUGCCACGCAACCACUGCCUCAAGUGUGCACGCUGCACUGAUUACAGAAAUCUGCACUGCCAGAACUGCAAUGUGUGCUACUUUGCCGGGUUGUGCAAGACAUUCAAGUGCCCAAUGUGCCACAACAAGGAAGGUGCAUGUUCCAGCCCAGAACCCGACGAGUCUGAAAUGGACUCGGACUCAGAAGCUUAAUACUGGCCAAAACUGGAUUGUGUGCAGAAUCUUCCAUAUAUCUCCACAUGUCGUACAUUUAAAAUAGUCAGAGAUCAUGUCUCAAGUAUUGUUGUCUAAAGUGAAAAUCCUAUUAUGAAAGUAUAGUGAUAGUUGCGUAACAAAAUUGGCCAUUAAGGCUCUUAUCUGAAUUUGUGAAAGUGGGAUACUCAAAGAUAUCAUCAUAAAUAUCAUUGAGUUACAGGAAAUGUUGUAUAUAAAGUUAUAUUGGUGUGUGAUCUACCUCUCUUCACUGCCUUAGUUGGGAUGUUAACAUUAACCCUUUCCCAUCUUCUAGCAAAGUUGUCAUGAUAUAAUGCAAACAUUUAUCAGUAUGUUGACAAUAAUUCAAACAUUUACCUGGAUAUGUAUUGAUGAGUUGUAUUCAGAUCUCUUAAAGAAGAUAAUUAUGCCCCCCUUCGAAGAAGAGGGGGUAUAUUGUUUUGCUCAUGUCGGCCCGUCCACCAGAUGCUUUCCGGAUGAUAACUCAAGAACACUUAGGCCUAUGAUCAUGAAACUUCAUAGGUACAUUGAUCAUGACUGUCAGAUGACCCCUAUUGAUUUUUUAGGUCACUAGGGCAAAGGUCAAGGUCACAGUGACUCGAAAUAGUAAAAUGGUUUCCGGAUGAUUACUCAAGAAUGCUUAGGCCUAGGAUCAUGAAACGUCAUAGGUACAUUGAUCAUGACUGGCAGAUGACCCCUAUUGAUUUUCAGGUCACUAGGUCAAAGGUCAAGGUCACAGUGACUCUAAAUAGUAAAAUGGUUUCCGGAUCAUAACUCAAGAAUGCUUACGCCUAGGUUCAUGAAACUUCAUUGGAAUAUUGAUCAUGACUGGCAGAUAACCACUAUUGAUUUUCAGGUCACUAGGUCAAAGGUCAAGGUCACAAUGACUCGAAACAGUAAAAUGGUUUCUGUUAAUAACUCAAAAAUGCUUACACUAGGAUCAUGAAACUUCAUAGGUACAUUGAUCAUGACUGGCUGAUUUUCAGGUCUUUAGGUCAAAGGUCAAGGUCACAGUGACAAAAAACAUAUUCACACAAUGGCUGCCACUACAACUGACAGCCCAUAUGGGGGGCAUGCAUGUUUUACAAACAGCCCUUGUUAUAGUGUUUAUAAGUAACUUUCUUGCUCAAAUUGUUUGUGUAAUAAUACAGCAUUAAGAUAUUAACAAAUGCUUAUUUAUAGAUAAUUUUGUUUUAGUUGUCUUUUCUUCAACAGUGACAUCUUUUAGAGUAGUAACAGUCAGUUAUAAGUGACAUAGCCUAUCUUGACAUAACUUGUAAUUUACGGGUAUUUCAGUACAUUGUUUUAUUUUAUCCUUGUUUUGAUGUUUAUGUAUAAAAUUAUCUAUAACAUGUGCUAUUUACUUUAUAAGAUGUGCUAUUUAGUUGGGAAUACACGUUGAUCUCAAGAUUUGAUGUUUUUUAAUGCAUUGGAUUUAGUUGGAUCUGUACAUAAAUACAAUUGUAGGACUAAAUAUGCUCACACAGUCGAUGAUAGGGGAUGUAGUAGAGUCACGCCAUUGGUUGGAUGGUAGGUUGGCUUUUUGGUUGGUUUUGUCUGCAUUCCAUAAUUCCCUAGCGAUUUAAACAAAACUUUUAAUAUGACAUCACCACAAGGUGUUGAUGACCCAUUGUUUACCUGAAUUGAUGCAUAAUUUCCUGAGUUAUUUCCCCUUGAUCAUUUCUCAAGCUAUUGGAACUAAACUUUAAAGACAAUAUCACCAUGAGAUGUUGAUGUACAAGACCCAAUUCAUGUUUAGUAAUUUGAAGAAUCCUAAGUUAUGUUUCUUUGAACAUAGCCAUGUCCUUGCAUAAAUGUUUUUAAUUAAUUAUGAGGAAACUAUAUUCACAUUUUCUUUGAAUCAACACUUGAAAUAUUUCACUGCCAUGAAGUUUAAAUGUGCAAGACACCAUGUUCUCAAGCAAUAAUCUAAACGAGCUUGAGUUAUGUGCCAUUGAUUCUAGCCAUUUUAAUGCGUAAAAUAUUUAAAGUUUGUAGAGCAAACACUUAAAAAAAUGUCCUCACCACGAAGUGUCAAUGUGCAAGAAGCAUGUUCACAAUCAAUGAUGUAAAUGUUUUUUGGGGUCCUUAUAUAUAUAAUAAGAGUAAAGGUAUCCAACGAUUAUUUCACAGGUGUAUUGAAUAACACAAUGCAACAGGAUAAAAUGUCAAACUAUG